AUGACUAUUGAACAAAAAAUAGUAGAUGUUUUAUAUCUAGAUUAUGUAUUGUAUAAGAUAGUAGAUGCAUAUAAUAAAACAAUCUAUCAAAAAUUAAAAAAAAGUGAAAAGCAAAUAAAAGAUCCAAAUCUACUUCCCGAUAUACUUUUUUAUAAAAAUAUUGCUAGUUUAAUUAAAAAUAGUCUAGACGUAAAAUAUGAUGAAGAAGUUUAUAAAAAAAUCUUGUACGUCAGAGUGUUACAAAUAUUAGAUAAAAAUUCUUUAAAUCCAUUAAAAGCCAUCACUGAAGUUAAUUUAUAUUUAAAAACUUUAGAAAAAAAAGUUUUUGUGUCGGGAAUGAAAUAUUUUACUGGAUGUGAUACAUCUCCCGUAUUAGAUUGGCUUAAUGACAUUUAUAAGUCGUUUGAUGUUCCUUAUUUAUUCAAAGAGUGCGUUAAAUUAAUCGAAUAA